UGUCUGUGUCUCUAUCUUUGAAGUGUGUGUGUGUGUGAGAGAGAGAGGUCCACACCGCUUGUAAGUAAAUAGCUAGUAGACAUGUGUGUAUACAAAAUGGAACCCUAAUCCAGAAGUAACCCUUUGAAAUCCAAGAAUGCUACCAAAUCUACCUAGCUAGCUAGAUCAUAGAUGCUCCCAACUUCAUCACUCUGAAAACCCUCCACAGACAGCACAUCCACAGCAGAACUUAGGUAUAAAAGUCUGAGUCUGAGUAAUAGCGCCGCCGUCAAGGGAUCUGGAAAGUGGAAGCUGAGAUGGUGGAUUCAGCUCAAAAUUUUGGUGGGUGACACCCAAAAACUCCACUUCUCAUCUUUUUUUCCCUCUCUUUAUAUGGUGAAGACUAUGAGUAGCUAGUUUCAUUAAUAAACAACCCCAAAAAGGAGCCCCAAGAAAGCGAUCGAGCUGCAAAAGAUAGAAUAAAAAGAAGAGAGAAAAACAAAGAAACCCCAAAAGUCCACUCUCCCUCUCUCCUUUAUUUCCUUCCCACUAAUCGAUCUUUUUUCAGCAACCCUUUACUGUACUUCAGAUCAAUUCCCCAAUCUCCACUCGAAUUUCAAGCUUUUUCGCAGCAAAUCUAAGCAAGGAGUUUCAGGAAGCUGAAAAGGGACGUCAAGAAGACAUGGAUGGGCAUUCACUUCCACCGCCAUUUCACACGAGGGAUUUCAAUUUGCAGCACCAGUUCCACCACCAGGCCCAGAAUUCCGAGGAUGAGCAGAGCGAAACCAGUGGCCUGAACAUGGGGCAGAAGCGGAACCGCGAUGAGGGCAAGAGCACUGAUUCUCCAGGCAAGGAUGGAAGCGGCGCCGCAGGCUCUGGCGAAGGAGAAAUGUCCGCCAACAGAAGGCCCAGAGGCCGCCCCGCCGGGUCCAAAAACAAGCCCAAACCGCCAAUCAUCAUCACACGCGACAGCGCCAACGCCCUGCGAACCCACGUCAUGGAAAUCUCCGACGGGUGCGACAUCAUGGAUGGGGUUGCGAACUUUGCCCGCCGCCGCCAGAGAGGGGUGUGCAUUAUGAGCGGAACUGGCAGCGUGACGAAUGUAACCCUAAGGCAACCGGCGGCCCCCGGAGCAGUCGUGACUUUACACGGGAGGUUCGAGAUCUUGUCGUUGGCGGGGUCGUUUCUUCCGCCACCAGCUCCUCCGGCAGCCACCGGGCUGACGAUAUAUUUGGCCGGCGGACAGGGGCAGGUGCUUGGGGGCAGCGUCGUGGGACAGCUACUUGCAUCAGGGCCAGUUAUUAUAAUGGCAGCUUCAUUUAGCAAUGCUGCAUAUGAAAGAUUGCCACUCGAAGAAGAGGAAAAUGCAAUUCAAGUCCAGGGCGGUUCACUUGGAUCGCCGACAGGCGGCGUCGGUGGGCAGCCGCCGCAAAAUCAGCAGCAAAUGUGA